UUGACGCUGGCACAUCCCGGUGACGCGGAGAAGUAUGGAUCGGAGGCUUGCACCUGGACGCGAGUUUUUGCCGAGUUGUGGGUUCGUCUUCAGGUGUUAGACGGACCCCACAGCCGUCCCAGCAGCUACUAAAAAUCUGUUGUUUUUAUUUUUUUUACUUUUCCACACCUUCCCGUGCGGACAAAAGAACAACGCAAAUAUUUUCCUGAAGGGCUCGUGAUGUCCGCUGAUGUGUAAAGCGGACGGCGCUGGAUGCAUGAGAGGACGGAUGGAUUGAUGCGCUGGAAUAUUAAUAUGAACUAACUACUCGGAGGAAUCUGUUGUUCUUGGAUCUUUCUCUCUGGAGUUCCUGAUCUGUGAAAAUCACCUCCAGUCCUGAGGAUCAGAUCACCUGCUAUGCGUCUGGUGUGGAGAAUACCUGGCGGAAGGUGUGCAGCGGGAUCCAGCCUGACAGGACACAACUUCAGCAUCUGACAACCCGAAGCCCCGCUUGCCAUUGAUUUUGCUCCAUUCUUUUUCCAAUCGUGUGCGUGAUGCGCGUGGAAUGAAGACAGAUGAUGGAUAUAAUUUGGGAGAUAUUGAUCAUUCUUCACGCGAAUGUUAUUGUGUGCAUAUCAGCUCAACCAAACCCACCGAAAAUUCAUGAAGGAUGGUGGGCGUACAAGGAGGUGGUGCAAGGGAGCUUUGUUCCAGUGCCGUCUUUCUGGGGGCUGGUAAACUCUGCCUGGAACCUGUGCUCCGUUGGGAAGAGGCAGUCACCGGUCAACAUCGAAACCAGCCACAUGAUCUUCGACCCCUUCCUCAACCCCAUAAAGCUGAACACAGGCGGACGCAAGGUGGGAGGGACAAUGUACAACACUGGCCGCCACGUGUCUCUGCGACUGGAGAAGGAGCAUCUGGUUAACAUCUCUGGGGGCCCAAUGACAUACAGCCACCGUCUGGAGGAGAUCCGACUACACUUCGGUAGUGAGGAUGGACAGGGCUCGGAACACUUGCUGAAUGGACAGGCCUUCUCUGGAGAGGUUCAACUGAUUCACUACAAUCAUGAGCUGUAUACAAAUUACACAGAAGCAGCUAAAAGCCCCAACGGACUGGUCAUAGUGUCCAUAUUCAUGAAGAUCGCCGAGACAUCAAACUCUUUCCUGAAUCGCAUGCUGAACAGAGACACCAUCACAAGAAUAACAUAUAAAAACGAUGCCUAUCUUCUGACUGGUCUGAACAUAGAGGAGAUUUACCCAGAAACUAAUAGUUUCAUCACCUACGAUGGAUCAAUGACAAUCCCUCCAUGCUUUGAGACAGCAACAUGGAUCAUGAUGAACAAGCCAGUGUACCUCACACGCAUGCAGAUGCACUCCUUGCGGCUGCUGAGCCAGAACCAGCCAUCUCAGAUCUUUCUGAGCAUGAGCGAUAACGUUCGCCCUGUCCAGCCGCUGAACAACCGAUGCAUCCGCACAAACAUCAACUUCAGCAUGCAGGGCAAGGACUGCCCCAACAACAGGGCUCAGAAACUCCAGUACCGGGUGAAUGAGUGGCUGCUAAAAUAGUGGCGCCCUCCACCCCCUGGAUGAGCGAGGACAAGAAACGAAUGUCAGAGAUGGAGAGGCGAACGAGGCAAACAGGAGGAAUAACAGAAUGUGGAAUCGGUCUAAAGGCUUCAUCUCAUCUGAGAAUCUUUCAUGACAUUGUAUAAAGAGAGAAACACUGGUACAUCUUUUUUGAACAAGCGGACUUGCAAAGAGACUCUUCUUUUCAUACAUUGAGAACUGUUUUAACACUCAAUCUAACACAUCCUUACAGGCCCUUUCCCCCCACUGUAUGACUACAUCUAUAUGAACAUUUUGAUACGGAUGAUUUUUUUUCUUUUCUUUAUUGGGGGGCUGGGGAUCCAAAAAAAGACUCUUAGUUGUUAAGAAAAAAUAAAUAAAACUGAAAUUAUUCAAUAGCCUCCAAGCCAACAGGACAACCUCGAGGCUUUAAAGCCUUUGUAUAUAAAAAGAUGCUGCCAUCAGUGGUACUAUCCAAGAACAAACCCAGCGUCAACAAACAAGACCCCAUUGGUCAACACUAAACAGUUAACAGGUCUCACACGAACAUUUCAUCUCAGUCACCCAACAGGGCAUGUAAUCUGCAGAAAGCAACGAAGACAACCCAGCCUUACUUUGUCAUGUUCCAAAACUGACCCAUGCUACAGGAAACGGGCACGCCCAUGGCGGCCCCGAGUGUCUUGGCCUCGUUUGUACAUAUUAUUACUAUUAUCAAUACUGAAGAAAAACGAUGAUGUAAAGAAAAAGUGAUGAAUCACAAAACAAAAAGAUAUAUAAAGAGGAUAUGAAAAAAAAAUACUUACGUUAAGAAUUUUAAACAGCUUGGCACACUUUGGAUUCUCGAGCGGUUCUCAGUGUGAGCUGAUGCCUUUUUUUUCUGUUUUCUUGUUUACAAUGGUCAUACACUGUGUUUGAGUAAUGUUAUCAGCCCAAUAAAUGUGUCUAAAAAGUCCACUUUGGAGAAUGCUUCAAUCUGUAACAAUCUAUGUCCUUAUAUCUGUUCCUGUCUUUGUACUGUUCUACACUCAUGUGAAAAAUAUUAGGACAAAUCCCCAUUAAAUAUUCCGUUCUUUAUCAGGAAAA